GUCGGCGUCGGGCGUUCAGUCAUUCGCCGCCUUCCGAUGCAUUGUUGCUGUCGCUGAGAGAGCUCUCCUCGCUACGUCGUGCAAGAAGCGAAGAGAAGAGCAGCGUGGGUGCGGAGUCGUCUUCUGGCCGCGAGCGCGCUUCGUGGACGAGCGCCCGUUUCAAGUUUACGAAACUUCUUAGUUCUUCGCAACGGAAAUAAGCUAUAACACCGGCGAUAAUACUCCAACAUCUCUACAAACUACAACUACUUCCAAGUGUGUUGCACAAAGUUUGCAAAUUGCGCAAAUGCGGGACUUGAGCCAGGCAAAAGUCUCAAUGUUUUUGGGAAAUUACGAAAAAAGCGAUUAAAAACUUGUGAAUUUCAUCAACAAAAUAAAAAAAAAUCUUGUUGAAAGACCUAAUUCUUAAGUUGGACUAGCAGAGGCUACAAAAAUUAAAAAGAUAAUUAAAAUAUAAAUCAUGGAAAGUAAAACUCUAAGACUGUCAGUGUUUAAACAUCAAUUUCUGAUUUGCAUCGGUGUAGUUCUUGCGUUUUGUGCACUUCAAGUCUGCAAUGCACAGUCACCGGAAAAUGGCGGACGAUUUUCAUGCCAGGGAAGAGCUUCCGGUUAUUAUGCUGAUGUGCAAUCAGGAUGCCAGAUUUAUCACAUGUGUGAUACUCUAGGACGACAAUUCAGUUACUCCUGCCCUAAUACCACCCUCUUCCAACAACGGAUGUUAAUAUGCGACCAUUGGUACAUGGUAAACUGUAGUAAGUCAGAAGUAGACUACGAUGCUAAUUUACUCAUCGGACAACGUGAGAAACCCUUCGUAGAGGAUGAUGAUGAACACCCUUAUCACCGCACUCCACGUCCUGACCUAUUAGCUCAUCCCAGUGCAUCAGAAUACAACAUUGUUUACCGCACGGGUAGAGCUCAGGCACCUAACCAACAAAAUCUCAUUGGAGGGGAUAGUGACGUCAGGGAUCAACCUUAUUUCCUCCCCAGUCAUUGGUCAACUGAAUAUAAACGAUCUACAACCACACAAAGACCUAUAGAACCAAAAGAACAACGUACCAAGAAACCCUACUACUCUAAACCUCAAGAAACUUAUAAUUCAAACAAUAAUGAACAAAAUCAACAGGAACAACAAGAAAAUAUUCAAGUGAAUUUCAAAUCUGACUUCAAAGCGACUACACCAGUAUAUCCCAAUAUUGCACCAGCUGAAAUCCCUCUAAUCGAAGAAGAUUACUCCCUGAAUAAACCUAAAGUAGUUCUAGUAGCGCCCCCUCUUGAUGGAGAAGACAAACCAUCUUAUGAAGUACCCUCUGUACCUGUAUCAGCCCCCCAAGUGAAUUUCGCAAGUAAUUUCAAAGCAACCACACCAGUAUAUCCAACUUUCGUCACACCUGAAGAACCUCUAGCAAAUGUAGACUUACCCCCUCUACCAAAUUUACCCUAUGGAUUAUCUUCGAUCGUAGAACCUCCAAAAACCAUCAAUGACUUGGAAUACUUCCCUAGGCAACCAGUCACACAACCACGACAAAGAGUCAACUUUGUAAGCAGUUUCAAAGCAACCACACCAGUUUAUCCCAAAACCGUAACACCUGAAAUACCAAUUGCUAUCGAGGAAAGUCAAGUAGACCCAAACAGACCCAGUCUCAGCACGGUUAUUCAACCACCAAGAGGGUACAACCAAAACGAACAGAAUACAUUAAUUGAACCUAGCAUUGUUUUCCAACCUCCAUCGACAAGUUCUGAUCAUAAAAAAGACGAAAAUGAGAUUCAGGACCAUUUGGAGACACGCAGUCCAUUCGUGAAUCCAAACGACGCAAGGAUCGUCAUCGCUAACCUCAAUUGGAAGGAAUUACGAAGGGCGUUGUUUAUACCGGAUGUGCAAUUUCCUUUGGACGCAAGCGCACGUAGACCUACAUAUGAUCAAGGUCCUAGUUCUUUUCAGGUAAACCCUGUCAAUCCUGUCAGUUAUGAGAUACGGCAGAGGAAGCAUGCUAUUAGCAAGUAGGCGUGUGACUCAUUUUAGUAAUUGUAGCAAUAGUAUUUCUCUAUAGAACCAAAAACCUCAUGAAAUAUUAAUGUAAACACAGUUUUGAUCAAGUAGCGCCAUCUAUCGGUGGAUAGAAUAUUUAAAAAAUAAUGUUAUUUAUGAAAUUGACAGCAUAACAGCAGGCAAACAAGGCAAACAUGAUAUUCCUAAAUGUUUAUUGAUAAUUUCAUUAUGUAUAUAGCACCUACCCUGUUAUCAGUCUAAGUCUUAUUAUUUGGUUGAUGUAAACUUUUAUUUCAAACUUAAAAUCGUAAAUAUUUAUAAUAGAAUUUAAACGCAUAUGAUAUAAUGAUUGUGACUUAAGUAGAGUACCAUUUACAUAAGUUGUAGUUAAUUAAUAAAGUGAAAUGUAUAACAA